AUAUACAUAGAUAUAUUCAUACAUGUAGAAAGUUCCAAAUGGCACACUAGAGUCCAAUCCCAUACCAGAAGGAAUAUUCAUAAGCAGUAAGUUUUGGUAUCCCAAGUAAAAACUGCAUCUUUGAAUCUCCUCCUAUAUAAUUACUUACAAGUACAGUCUCAUCCGCCCAUCAGAUUCUUCCCUUAACUAAACUUCAAUGGCCUUCUCUGCAGCCCUCUAUGGCCAUGGGAAUUCAGCCAUCAUCUACAACCCGAAGCUUGCUUCAACGAAAAUCCGAGCCAGCCAUGUUACGAGCUCAUCAGUAGUGCAGCCAUCUAUUGUAAAAGAAUUGAUCAUUGCCAAGCCACAUGGAAUCACCUUACCAGAGUUUCAGUUUCAAGAAUUCCUUUUGGCAAAAGCAAGACGAGUUAACCAAGCACUAGAUGGAGCAGUUCCUCUGAAACAUCCAGUAAAAAUUCAUGAGGCAAUGAGGUAUUCGCUUCUUGCUGGAGGCAAACGUGUUCGUCCAAUUUUGUGCAUAGCUGUGUGUGAGUUAGUUGGAGGAGAUGAGUCUAGGGUAAUGCCAAUGGCUUGUGCACUGGAGAUGAUCCAUACCAUGUCACUCAUCCAUGAUGAUCUCCCUUGCAUGGACAAUGAUGAUCUUCGACGAGGCAAGCCCACAAGCCACAAAGUUUUUGGAGAAGAAAUAGCUGUUCUGGCCGGCGAUGCUCUGCUUUCCCUUGCAUUCGAGCAUAUAGCAGCCAAGACUAGAAAUGUCUCCCUUGAUCGUGUGGUUCGAGCCAUUGCUGAGCUAGGUUCAGCAGUUGGAUCAGCAGGGCUUGUGGCAGGCCAAGUAGCAGACAUUGACAGUGAGGGAAAACAAGUGAGCUUGAGUGAGUUGGAGUACAUUCAUUUGCAAAAAACUGCAAAACUUCUAGAGGCAUCAGUGGUUUGUGGAGCAAUAGCUGGAGGAGGAAGCAUGAUUGAAAUAGAGAAGGUAAGGAAGUAUGCAAGGUGUAUUGGACUCUUGUUUCAAGUGGUGGAUGACAUUCUAGAUGUGACCAAGUCAUCAGAGGAAUUAGGGAAGACAGCUGGGAAAGAUAUAGUGACUGAUAAGGCAACAUAUCCCAAGUUGAUGGGUAUUGGCAAUGCGAAGAAGUUUGCCAAUGAGUUGUUGGUUCAAGCUAUCAACGAGCUUGACAGUUUUGAUGCUGCUAAGGCUGCUCCGCUGUUCCAUUUAGCUAACUAUGUUGCGAGUAGACAAAAUUAGCUGCGCUUCCUGGUUCUUUCUGCUUCAUCAGGGAGAAGUUAGUGAACAAGUUCCUAGGGAUGCAAUGUACACAGACCUUCAUCAUGUACCUCUUUAUCCUCAAAAUAAGUUUCAAGUAAAACAUAUAGGGUAUAUACAUGUUACUGUACAACAAAAAAGCAGGAAUUUUCAGCAGAUUAUCUUUUUUCUUUUGGUAGAAAAUCUUCCGCAGAAUAUCACCAUCCAAAAUAUUGGGAGCAAACCAUAUAUUUAGUCACAUACAGGGCCAGCAUUCAUAUGCCAUACAAACCUCUUUUUUUUCAUAUGAGAAGUUGUUGUAAACAGGACAUGCGCACUGGGUUAAACCCAGGGUCUCCACCAAAGGCUCCAGAGUGCUUGGCCACCCUGCCAAACUGGUUCACCGGCGUAGAGACCUCUUACUACCAGCCAAGUUACAUUUGAGAUUCAUAGGAAAGCCAAUUCCAUUAACCAGUACCAUUAAAGCAACAGGCGAGAUGAUCUCCUGAAUGAAAAUAUGAUACCCUCUAUUCCAUGAAGAAUACGAUUAGAACAGAACAGCAGAUCCUUUUGGUUCAGUAUGUAAAUUUUCAUAAAACAACCUGUUCGAAGUUGGAGAUUGUUGAAAUAGAAUACACCGUCUAUGGUUGAUCAAUAAAAAUUAUAAGCUCAAUUGUAAAAUUGGCUUCGUUCAAUUAUGAUGAACCCAUUACUAUUAUCAUCCUUCACAAUGCGCCUUUUCUAAUGUGACCCUCCAAUGAAUAUUCAAAAAAUAUUAGCCCUCUCACUACAGAAGAAAGAAGUACGAACAUGUUCACAUG